AUUGAGUUCCCCCUACACUCUUCCAGUAAAAGCUGAAUUCCAGCUGCAUGCAUAUUAUGGGCUCCAGUGCCGAAGAAGCCCGUGCUGGACUAACGGGCCAUGUGUCCACUGUCCAACUGUUCACCUUGCACCGUGAGCUACUGUUCUCCCAGGUGAAGAGCACGCAGUGCAUUCUGGAUAACCUCCUACAAAGUGGCUUUCUGUGUAUCGAGGAUGCAGAAAUCAUCCAGCUCGCAGCCACCAAGACAGACCAGGUGCGUAAAAUCCUGGAAUUGGUCCAAAGCAAAGGGGAGCAGGCAUGUGAAUACUUCCUAUAUAUUCUCUACAAAGUUUAUGACGCAUACAUAGACCUCCAACCAUGGCUUAAAGAGAUCAACUACCUUCCACCAGACUUCAUACGGGACAUACCAGUGAAGAACACGGACCCUAUUAGUAGGUACUGUGAGAAGCUGAGGCACGAGCUGGGCCGAGACACACGCUUCAUUGCAUCCUACACCAAGCGAGAGGAAACCCUGCUGGAGGAGCUCUAUACAGACACCCUAAUGGAGCUCCUGAAUGACCGCAAUGAGAGCCUGGGCCACCUGGAGGGUCUGGAGCAGCUCCUGGGAGAGCAGGGUGUCUUUAACCCACAAGCAGAGACGGUUCUCAUCACAGGGGACGCUGGGGUGGGCAAGUCCAUCCUCCUCCAGAAGCUCCAGAGGCUGUGGUCCAAGAGGGAGCUGGAACAGACAGACGCCAUGUUCUUCUUCAAGUUCCGCUGUAGGAUGUUCAGCACAUUCAAGGAGACAGACGAGAUCUCACUCAGGGACCUGCUUUUCAAAUACAACUGCUACCCCGACCAAGAUGCGGACAAUGAGGUGUUCAGCUACAUCCUCCGCUUCCCUGAAAAGGUUCUCUUUACGUUUGACGGCUAUGAUGAGAUCCAGGCUGAUCUGGACCUGUGGAACUUGCCUGAGGUGGUUUCUCCAGAGGAGAAGAUUCACCCUCUUCUUGUGCUCAAUAACCUGCUCUGUGGGAAGCUGCUCAAUGGUUCCCGGAAAGUCCUUACUGCUCGGACAGGCACCGAGGUCCAGAGCAGGGUGAUCCGGAAGAGGGUGGUGCUGCGUGGGUUCUCUCCAGCCCACCUUCAAACCUACACCAACCUGCACUUCCAAGACCAAGAGCACCGGGACUUGGUCUCAGUCCAGCUGGAUGCCAGCCCCCACCUCUGUGGCCUCUGCUCCAUCCCCCUCUUCUGCUGGAUCGUCUUCAAGAGCUUUAAACACCUGCACUCAGUCUACGACGACUUUGAGCUGCCAGAGGCUUGCAUGACCCUCACUAACAUAUUCCUUCUGCUGUCUGAAAUCUUCUUCAGCCGGGGGGCCAUUCCCCCACCUGUCCUCCUGAAGAGAAACACCAGGUGCCCCGCUGAUACCUUCAGGGCAGGGCUGAGGCCACUGACAGCCUUCUCCAAGCUGGCUCUGCUGGGCACGGAGAGAGGAGGCUUUGUGUUCGACCAGGAGGAGGUGGCCUCCUGUGGCCUGACUGAGGCCGACCUUCAGGUGGGUUUCCUCCGACCGGUCAGCCGCUACGAUGCCUGUGGAAACCCUUCUACCUUUGAGUUCUUUCACCUCACCCUGCAGUCCUUCUUGGCUGCAUUCUCCCUGGUUCUGGACGAACAUGCCAGCGUAGGCAACAUCCUCAAGUUCUUCACUGAGUGCAGCAGGAGGGACAACACAUCUUGUUUAUCAUUUGUCUUUCCCUGCAUCGGUGGCUCCUCCAAACCCAGGGGAAAGGACCCGUUCAAGACCAACGAGCAUCUCCAGUACGCCAACCUCUUCCUGUGUGGACUGCUGUCUAAGACCAACGCCGGCCUGCUGGAGCACAUGGUUCCUCCAGCGCUAUUGAAGAGGAAGCGUGCAGUCCUCAAGUCCUACCUGUCCACCAGCGUGAGGUCCCACCUCCGCGGCCUGCCACUCCACAGCACAGAGCAGGAGGGCAGCAAGGUGCAUGUCCUUCCCAACUUCCUGUGGAUGCUGCGCUGCAUCUUCGAGACAGGAAGUAAAGAGGUGGCACAGCUGACUGCGAAGGGCAUCACAGCCGACUACAUCAAGCUGGGCUACUGUAAUGUGUUCUCUGGCGACUGCAGUGCCCUCAACUUUGUGCUGCAGCACCGGCGGAAGAGGCUAGGGGUGGACAUGGACAACAACAACAUCAGUGACUAUGGGGUCAAGCAGCUCAGGCCUUCAUUCAGUAAGAUGACCGUGGUGAGAUUGUGUGUCAAUCAGAUCUCAGACAGCAGCAUUGAAGUACUGGCUGAGGAGCUUAUCAAACACAGAGUGGUGGAGGUUCUGGGACUUUACAAUAAUCACAUCACGGACAUUGGAGCCAAGCUAAUCGCUCAUAUCAUUGAGGAAUGUCCUAAGUUAAGAGUUGUCAAGGUUGGCAGCAACAAGUUCACCAGUGUGGGUGGCAGGUACCUGGCCAGUGCCAUUCAGGAGAGCACAUCUAUCUUUGACGUGGGAAUGUGGGAGAACAGCAUUGGUGAUGAAGGAGCAAGAGCAUUCGCAGAGGCCCUGAGGAACCACCCAAGUCUUACCAACCUCUGUCUCUCAGCCAAUGGCAUCACUUCAGAAGGUGGGCGGAGCUUGGCCAAAGCACUGAAAGACAAUAGAAGGCUCCGAAUUUUCUGGUUGGUGCAAAACGAGUUGUCAGAUGAUGUAGCACCAGACAUGGCAGAACUGAUCAGAUCCAACACGGGUCUAUCUCACCUCUGGUUAAUCAAUAAUCAGCUGACAGUGGAUGGAAUCAGACAGCUGUCAGAGGCUCUCUCCCACAACACAUCACUCAAAGAGAUCUGUUUGAAAGGAAACUGUCUUUCUGAAGAGGAAGAGAAGCUGUUUGAGGCUGAGGGAAGGCUACGCUUCCACUGAGGAGACAGAACUGAGCUGGAGCGUGUGUGUGUGUGCGCGCAUGUACAUUGGUCACAUCUGUUACCGAAACUUAGAGGGUCUUUAUUUGUUUUGUACAUACUACAUUGGAAAUAUUUUUACAUACUGUUAAUGUGCAGUGCAUUCGGAAAGUAUUCAGACCCCUUGACUUUUUCCACAUUUUGUUACUUUACAGCCUUAUUCUAAAACUGAUUAAAGAGCCCCCCCCUACAAACAAUACAAUACUAUAAUGAUAAAGCAAAAACAGGUUUUUACAAAAUAUACGCAGUACUUUGUUGAAACACCUUUGGCAGCGAUUACAGCCUCAAGUCUUCUUGGGUAGGACGUUACAAGCUUGGCACACCUGUAUUUGGAGAGAUGCUCCCAUUCUUCUCUGCAGAUUCUUUCAAGCUCUGUCAGGUUGGAUGGGGAGCGUCGCUGCACAGCUAUUUUCAGGUCUCUCCAGAGACGUUCGAUCGGUUUCAAGUCCAGGCUCAGGCUCAGCCACUCAAGAACAGUCAGAGACUUGCCCCGAAGCCCCUCCUGUUUUGUCUUGGCUGUGUGCUUAGGGUCGUUGUCCUGUUGAAAGGUGAACAUUUGCCCCAGUCUGAGGUUCUGUGCGCUCUGGAGCAGGUUUUCAUCAAGAAUCUCUCUGUACUUUGCUCCAUUUGUCUUUCCCUCGAUCCUGAAUAGUCUCAGAUUCCCUGCUGCUGAAAAACAUCCCCACAGCAUGAUACUGCCACCACCAUGCUUCACUGUAGGGAUGGUGCCAGGUUUCCUCCAGACAUGGCGCUUGGCAUUCAGACCAAAGAGUUCAAUCUUGCUUUCAUCAGACCAGAGAAUCUGGUUUCUCAUGGUCUGAGAGUCCUUAAGGUGCCUUUUGGCAAACUCCAAGCGGGCUGUCAUGUGCCUUUUUUCUGGGGAGUGGCUUCUGUCUGGCCACUCUAACAUAAAGGCCUGAUUGGUGAAGUGCUGCAGAGAUGGUUGUCCUUCUGGAAGGUUCUCCCAUCUCGACAGAGGAACUCUGGAGCUCUGUCAGAGUGACCAUCGGGUUCUUGGUCACAUCCCUGACCAAGGCGCUUCUCACCCGAUUGCUCAGUUUGCCCAGGCAGCCAGCUCUAAGAAGAGUCUUGAUGGUUCCAAACUUCUUCCAUUUUAGAAUGAUGGAGGCCACUGUGUUCUUGGGGACCUUCAAUGCUGCAUAAAUGUUUUGGUACCCUUCCCCAGAUCUUUGCCUUGACACAAUCCUGUCUCGGAGCUCUAUGGACAAUUCCUUCAACAUCAUGGCUUGGUUUUUGCUCUGAUAUACACUGUCGACUGUGGGACCUUAUAUAGACAGGUGUGUGCCUUUCCAAAUAAUGCCCAUUCGAUUGAAUUUACCCCAGGUGGACUCCAAUCAAGUUAUAGAAACAUCUCAAGGAUUAUCAAUGGAAACAGGCUGCACUUGAGCUCAAUUUCGAGUUUAAUAGCAAAGGGUCUGGGUCUGAAUAGCAAUGGGUCUGAAUACAAAUGUAAAUCACUUUGUUAUUAGCUUGACGAGGUGUAAAAAAUAUUUGCCACACUUUCCUAACUGUAGGCAUGCCUUGUGAUUUGGAUGCACACAAUCCACAGCUAGAAUAUUUUUUUUAUAAUCUAUUGAUCCUCUGUGGCUAAAUUAUAGGCCUACUCCUGGUGUAGUCUUCUGAAUUAUUUCAUUUCUCUCUAAACAGAGAGCAGUCAUUCUAUAACUUUGGCAAAUGUAUUUAAAUUCAUCAGGGGUUCAUAUUCAUCCAGCACCCUUUCCAUGGCUAUGAUUCUGUAAGGAAAUUAAUGACUGUCAUGACUCCCGCCGAGGUCGGCUCCUCUCCUUGUUCGGGCGGCGUUCCGCGAUCGACGUCACCGGCUUUCUAGCCAUCGCCGCUCCAUUUUUCAUAUAUCCAUUUGUCUUGUCUUGUUUACAUACACACCUGGUUUUCAUUUCCCCAAUCAAUCUAUUUGUAUUUAACCCUCUGUUUCCCAUCAUGUUUUGUGUGUAAUUGUCUUCAUGUCAAGUGAUGUUUGUUAAGCACUUUACUUUAUUGUUCCGUUUUUUGAGCGCGUUUGUUUUGUUGUGCUCCCGGUUUGGAACUAUAAUAAAGUGCGCUUUAUUUAAUAUUACUCUGCUCUCCUGCACCUGACUUCACCUUCAUUCACAUCUUGACAAUGACGUGCAAUGCUGGAGAGAUGAGAGUUGCAAGCUCAUGUCUAUCAGAGCAGAGAGAGCGAGAGAAAGUGAAUGUCGUUCUAGUUAUGUGAGAGAUACAGGCACGCUUCUCUCUCUCACCACAGCAAUUGCCACACGUUGGUCUACAGGUAUUUCAAUUUAUUAUGGAUCCCCAUUAGUUCCUGCCAAGGCAGCAGCUACUCUUCCUGAGGUCAAGCUAAAAGGCAGUUUAUACAAUUUUAAAAACAUUACAAUACAUUCACAGAUUUCACAACACACUGUGUGCCCUCAGGCCCCUACUCCACCACUUCCACAUAUCUACAGUACAAUCCAUGUGUGUGUAUAGUGCGUAUGUUAUCGUGUGUGUGUGUAUGCAUGUGUCUGUGCCUAUGUUUGUGUUGCUUCACAGUCUGCGCGGUUCCAUAAGGUGUAUUUUUAUCUGUUUUUUAAAUCUAAUUUUAAUGCUUGCAUCAGUUACUUGAUGUGGAAUAUUUAGUACUGUGCGCCUCCCACAGUCUGUUCUGGACUUGGGGACUGUGAAGAGGCCUCUUGUGGCAUGUCUUGUGGAGUAUGCAUGGGUGUCCGAGCUGUGUGACAGUAGUUCAAACAGACAGCUCGGUGCAUUCAACAAGUCAAUACCUCUCAUAAAUACAAGUAGUGAUGAAUUCAAUCUCUCCUCCACUUUGAGCCAGGAGAGAUUGACAUGCAUUUAUUAAUAUUAGCUCUCUGUGUACAUCCAAGGGUCAGCCGUUGGAUGACCACACGACUGAACAUUCUUCCAGGUGCGACAAAACUAGGGCCUGUAGGACCUGCCUUGUUAAGAAGGUAGAGCAGAGCUUUAUUAUGGACAUACUACUCCCCAUCUUAGCUACUGUUGUAUCAAUAUGUUUUGACCAUGACACUUUACAAUCCAGUGUUACUCCAAGCAGUUUAGUCACCUCAACUUGCUCAAUUUCCACAUUAUUUAUUACAAGUUUUAGUUGAGGUUUAGGGUGUAGUGAAUGAUUUGUCCUAACUACAAUGCAUUUAAUUUUAGAAUUAGGUAGGACUAACUUAUUCCUUGCCACCCACUCUGAUAAUAACUGCAACUAUUUGUUAAGUGUUGCAGUCAUUUCAGUCACUAUAGUAGCUGACAUGUAUAGUGUGGAGUCAUCUGGAUACAUAGACACACUGGCUUUACUCAAAGCCAGUGGAAUGUCAUUAGUAAAGAUUGAAGAAAGUAAUGGGCCUAGACAGCUGCCCUGGGGAAUUCCUGAUUCUACCUGGAUUAUGUUGGAGAGGCUUCCAUUAAAGAACACCCUGUGUGUUCUGUUAGACAGGUAACUCUUUAUCCACAAUAUAGCAGGGGGUGUAAAGCCAUAACACAUACGUUUUUCCAGCAGCAGACUAUGAUCGAUAAUGUCAAAAGUCACACUGAAGUCUAACAAAACAGCCCUCGCAAUGACUUUUGAAUGACUUUUGCUUCCCUUCAAGCCUGGGGUUACACACUUUCUAGUAGGCUUAAAUUGAAAAUAUGGCAAAUAGGCAUGGCAAUAUCGUCCGCUAUUAUCCUCAGUAAUUUUCCAUCCAAGUUGUCAGACCCCGGUGGCUUGUCAUUGUUGAUAGACAACAAUAAUGUUUUCUCCACUUCCACACACUUUACAGAAUUCAAAAUUACAAUGAUUGUCCUUCAUAAUAUGGUCAGAUAUACUUGGAGGUGUAGUGUCAGCGUUUGUUGCUGGCAUGUAAUGCCUAAAUAUGCUAAUCUUGCCAUUCUUGCCAUUGAAAAAAUCAUUAAAGUAGUUGGCAAUAUCAUUUGCCUUUGUGAUGAAUGAGCCAUCUGAUUCAAUGAAUGAUGGAGCUUUCAUUUAAGGUGCUCCAAAGCUUUUUACUGUCAUUCUUUAUGUCAUUUAUAUUUGUUUCACAGUGUAGUUUCUUCUUCUUUUUAUUCAGUUUAGUCACAUGAUUUCUCAAUUUGCAAUAUGUUUGCCAAUCGGUUGUGCAGCCAGACUUAUUUGCCAUUCCUUUUGCCUCAUCCCUCUCAACCAUACAAUUUUUCAAUUCCUCAUCAAUCCACAGGGAUUUAACAGUUUUUACAGUCAUUUUCUUAAGAGUUGUAUGCUUAUUAGUAACUGGAAUAAGCAAUUUCAUAAAUGUGUAAAGUGCAGUCAACAACAUAGGAAUCCCUACAAAACUUAUUGUAUGACCUCAUACACUAUAUUAGGCCCAGCCUUUGGAACUUUGUUUUUCCUAGAUAUGGCUACUAUAUUGUGAUCACAACAUCCGAUGGAUCUGGAUACAGCUUUCAAGCACAUUUCUACAGCAUUAGUAAAGAUGUGAUCAAAACAUGUCGAUGAUUUGAUUCCUGUGCUGUUUGUAACUACCCUGGUAGGUGGACUGAUAACCUGAACCAGGUUACAGGCACUGGUUACAGUUUGAAGCUUUUUCUUGAGUGGGCAGCUUGAUGAAAGACAGUCAAUAUUUAAAUCCCCCAGAAAAUAUACCUCUGUUGAUAUCACAUACAUUAUCAAGCAUUUCACAAAUGUUAUCCAGAUACUGACUGUUAGCAGCUUCCCACCAGAAUGGGCUUUAGGUGAGGCAGAUGAACCUGUAGCCAUAUUACCUCAACAGUAUUUAACAUGAGAACCUCUCUAAUCUUUACAGGAAUGUGGUUCUGAAUAUAAACAGCAACACCUUCACCAUUGGCAUUUAUAUAUUUUCUGUAAAUGUUAUAACCUUGUAUUGCUCCCAUUGUAUCAUGAAAGGUAUUAUCUAAUUGAGUUGCAGAGAUAGUCAGAGUAUGAAUGCCAUCUGUUACUAGCAAAUUAUUGAUUUCAUGGACCUUGUUUCUUAAGCUAUUAACGUGGGAUAUUUUGAGCAAUUGUCUUCUGGGGUGCUUACUUAUCUUUAUUGCUUUACUGGGAAGCUCAGCAGAAGUAGAUAUGCUCAUAUUAUUUAUGUUAGUGCAGGGUAAGCUGCACACAGUGGACUUCCUCCUAGGGCACACUGGCUCAGUGCUAAGAGUAUAAAUCUGGUUUAUAGGCACAUGAUUACUGCAUACAAUAGCUGUAGGAUCAGCAGAGGCAUUCAGGGCAGUUAGAAGAACAUACAUUAGGUUAUUUACAUUGUGUCUACCAACGCCCCUGGUGUAAUGUACAUUUGUUGAAGCAUUAUGACAACUCUGCAUCACAAUGGUAGGGAUUUUAACUGAGCUGGUCAUGUCACGCCCUGGACAUAGUAAGCUGUUUUUUCUCUGUGUUGGUUGGAGCGUGAUGGUGACUUGGGUGGGUUAUCUAGGUGAAUUUGUAUGUCUAUGGUGGCCUGAUAUGGUUACCAAUCAGAGGCAGCUGUUUAUUGUUGUCUCUGAUUGGGGAUCAUAUUUAGGCAGCCAUUUCCCUUUUGUGUUUGUGGGAUCUUGACUACAGUAAGUUGCCAGGAAGUUGCCUCACAUUUCGUUUGUGCUUUUGUUGUUUUGUUUAGUGAGUUUCUCUUUAUUAAAAUUAUCUGGAACUCUG